CCAUUCUCAAAUGAGAGUGCGCGUCUCCGUUUAGAGAAGGCGUGCGCGCGCUUGAGGGGCUGCGGUCCCAUUGACUAUUCCGUCUCCCUGACAGCGGCAGCAUCAGCACCGCGGACUCGGAAAACAGAGCGCCGCACGGACUCCGCCUUUGCUCCCAUCAUCCCACCAAGAGUCCAAGCGCCGAGUCAGGUUCAUCUCUAGCCGGAGACCAGAGACAGGACCCUCGUCGACUGACAUAUCCUCUGGAUCAGAUAUGGACUACCCUUAACUGGAACUGGAGGGGAGAGGCAGGCAGGCGGGCGGGGGGUGGGGGGGAGACAGAGAGGAGAAAAAGCCGUAUAGGAAGAGAAGCACAACCGUGGGUGCCCGCAACGAUGAAAGGUUCGCCACGCUUGCGAGAACCGCAGAUAAGCCAUCGGACUAUGUCCUGAAAAGCGGUUUACAUAGCUGGGAUUUUGUACCGAUCAUACGAGUCGCCAAGCAGGGGUAAAAUAUGUCCGCCUCGGUGGGGCCCCGCGGCGGCCCUCGCCCACCCACCGCGCAAAGCUCUCUACCCGAGCUCCCGGACCUCAGUCACCUCACCGAGGAGGAGAGGAAAAUUAUCAUGGCUGUGAUGAUUCGGCAGAAGGAAGAAGAGGAGAAGGAUGAGGCCAUGUUAAAAGAGGAGAAGCCCAUACAAGCAAAAACUGUAAACUUGGUCGGGAACAAGAAACCCCCUCAGCAGAAUGACAUCAGCUUGCACCAGCAGUUUGCCACCUACAAAGAGCAGGUGAGACGGACUGGCCAGGAGCCCCAGCAGAGGCAGCAGGGCCAACACAAAGAUGACGCCCCCACCUGUGGCAUCUGCCACAAGACCAAGUUUGCUGAUGGCUGCGGCAACCUGUGCUCCUACUGCCAGACGAAGUUCUGCGCCCGGUGUGGUGGAAGGGUGUCUCUGCGUUCCAAUAAUAAGAAGGAGGACAAAGUGGUAAUGUGGGUAUGUAACAAGUGCCGUAGGCAACAGGACAUGCUCACUAAAUCAGGAGAAUGGUUUUCCAAGUCUGCAGAGCUAGGGUCAGCAUUGAGUGAGCCGGCCAUGUGUGGAGACCCCGCUGCUGAGAAGAAGUUGCGCUCUCGGUCUCAAAACCCUCUCGGCUCUUCCGUUUCUACUGUCCAUGACACCCAGUCACCUGCCCCGACUAACCCUAUUAAAGGCCUCUCUACUGGAAUAGCUGAUGCGCUGUCAUCCCGCUCACGCAGUGAGCCACCGCAAGACAGAAAAAAGCCACCAGCAGCCUCCGACCAAAAUGGCAAACCAGGGCCAAGAGGUGAAAGACGGCGAGGCGUAUCCAAAGUCCAGUCCCAGGCUUCCGAAGAUAGGCAGUCUGGAGAAAAUCGAAGGGAAAGUCGAAGACUGGUGAAGGCUCGAUCUCAGGAGCACGGCGAUGCUGACAAGGGAAGGGUUGUGCUCAGGAGAGCUGAGGGGCAACCGAGAACACCCAGGGAAAAAUGCAGGAGUGAUCCAAAUGCCCUACAUCAUCCAUCCAAGCUUCAACCAACGGAGCCUGAUGGACGUCCGCAGCCCAAGCCAAGGGAAGCAGGGCAGAUGGGACAGGAGAACAGGGUUGCACGAAAAUGGGCGGAUGGGCGACAGGCCUCGUUGGAUGGCCAGCAACAGGCCUAUAUGCCAGAGAGGACCGUGGGGGGUACAGGUAACCAGGGCGGGCCUGCCGUGCAGGGUCCUCCCUCUAAAAUGAACCACACCCCACAGCCACCCGCUCCGGGGUUCCGGGUGGGCCCCGCCAUGCCUGUUGGCCCACCUGAGCUCAGGGAGCCCCAGGAAUGGGACAGAAAGUUGCAGCCGAGCCACCUGGACCCCGGCUCGGCUGGACUGUUGCGCAAAUCGAAGCGUCAAAAAACUGAGAGCAUGCUCCGCAAUGAUUCACUUAGCUCCGACCAAUCAGAGUCUUUACGACCACCUCCGCCCCGGCCCUACAAGAGCAAACGGGGCGGCGGGAACAAGAGGCAGAUGUCCGUCAGCAGCUCAGAGGAAGAAGGCGGUUCGACACCGGAGUAUACCAGCUGUGAGGAUGUGGAGAUUGAGAGCGUAAGCGAGCGAGGGGGGUCAGGGGACUGGGAGUGCUGUCAACUAGACCCCACUGCGUGGCAUCCACCAGUUACAUGGCAGCCCUCCAAAGAAGGUGAUCAUUUAAUUGGCCGAAUCACAUUGAGUAAAAAAGGAGCCAUGCCAAAGGAGGCCGGGGCUCUGCUGGGGCUAAAGGUGGUGGGAGGGAAGAUUACAGAAACUGGAAGACUUGGGGCCUUCAUCACCAAAGUCAAGAAAGGAAGUCUAGCUGAUGUGGUUGGACAUCUGCGAGCCGGUGAUGAGGUGCUUCAGUGGAAUGGUAAAUCAUUACCAGGAUUAACCAAGAAGGAAGUUUACAAUAUUAUUCUGGAUUCCCAAACAGCAACACAAGUUGAAUUAAUAGUUUCAAGGCCAAUAGGUGAUAUACCACGAAUACCAGAAACAUCACAUCCUCCAUUAGAAUCCACGGGUUCAAGUUCCUUCGAAUCACAGAAAAUGGAAAGACCAUCUAUAUCUGUCCUGUCCCCAUCCAGCCCAAGUGGUCUUAGAGAUGCCCCUCAGCUACUGCCUGGUCAGCUGUCGGUGAAGAUGUGGUAUGAUAAGGUAGGCCAUCAGCUGAUAGUGAAUGUACUACAGGCCAUAGACCUGCCGCCUAGACAGGAUGGACGUCACAGAAACCCCUAUGUCAAAAUGUACUUCCUGCCUGAUAGAAGUGAUAAAAGCAAAAGACGGACGAAGACAGUUAAGAAAAGUCUGGAGCCCAAGUGGAACCAGACGUUCGUUUAUUCUUACGUGCACCGGCGGGAUUUCAGGGAGCACAUGCUAGAGAUAACUGUGUGGGACCAACCCAGAAUCCAAGAGGAGGAGAGUGACUUCCUGGGAGAAAUCCUGAUUGAGCUGGAGACUGCCCUACUGGAUGAUAAACCUCACUGGUACAAACUGCAGACCCAUGAUGUCUCCUCCAUUCCUCUGCCACACCCAUCGCCAUACCUGCCCCGACGACACACCCACAAUGACACGCCGACCAAAAAGCUGCAACCUGUAGAAAACCGAUCAAGAGAAAGAGAGAGAGGUCGAACAACAACUUUAGAGGUUCCUGAUCAGCAGAGGCCAACUCAGUAUCGCUCGCGGUCAGUGUCCCCAAAAAGAGAAGAAGAAAGCAGGGCUCGGUCCCGUCCACCCAAUGUUCCUGCACAGAGGAGUCUGGAUGAGGUCCCGCACAACCGUAGAUCACGUUCCCCAACACGUUACCAUGACCGUGCCCGUGUGAAGGAGAGAGAUUAUGUAGACGACAGUGAGGUCAUCUUGAUACACAGAUCAGUGCGGGGUAGAAGCGCAGAGUGUCUGCACAACCAAAGACGUUCAUCUAAUUAUAGUAGCACUCUUCCACCUAAGAUGCCUUUAUUAGUCAAUGGAAUUCACAAGGAUAUUUACAGUGAUCUCCAGCCCUCUCUUGGCAGGGUUAGAAGUGCUAGUACCAACUGUCUGAGACCAGAAUCUAAUUCCAGUUCUCCUGAACGAGACAGGAGCACCCAGUCUCUGCCCCGUACCAGACCCACAAGCCCCAGGAUCCUAAUUCAGCAUGCCUCCCCAGAAGAUGACAGCUGGGUUUUGGAGGCUAUGUUUCCCGCUCAGGAGACUAUGCACCACCUCAGUGCAAAGCCAGACGCACAGAGGCAGUCGAGAACUCUGGACAAGCCGAGCUGCCAGAAACUUGGCAGGAAAAUGUCUGACAGUGAGCGGGUGCAACCCCACUCCGGCCCCUCAUUUUCCUCUUCAACAGCGGCCCCUUCUUCGACACGUAAGGUCAGACAGUUACCCCAAGUCCCCGCCAAAAGCAGCAGUGUAGAGCAAGCUCUUGCCUCAGAGGAGCGAACGCGGCUAAUGAAAGUACGUACCUUCCGAUCAUCAGCUCCCUCCAGUACCAGCCAGGACAUGGAGAGGACGCUGAAGAAUAAACGAGAGCUUUAUAAGGAGCAGCGACGGAGCUGUGACAACGUGUCCCAUAAGUCCUCAGACAGUGAUGUCAGCGACGUGUCAGCCAUCUCUCGCGCCAGCAGUGCCUCGCGGAUCAGUAGCACCAGCUACAUGUCCAUUCAAUCAGAACAGCCAAUAGGUCGCUUCAGCCGCCACAUGCGUUCAUCCAACCGCAGCAUGCUGAAGAGUGCAAGUGGGGAGAUCUACACACUGGAGCGUACGGAUGGCAGUCAGUCAGACACUGCUGUCGGGACACUGGGAGCAGGAGGAAAAAAGCGCAGAUCCAGCCUUAGUGCCCGCGUCGUAGCCAUUGUGGGCAUUCCCUCCCGCCGCUGCAGGAGCACCUCUCAGCUCAGUCAGACAGAAGCAGCCAAUAAGAAGGCAAAGGGAUCCAGUCAGAUCCAGCGCAGUCAGGAGACGGGUAUGGCAGUGGAGUAUCCCCGCAAUGUCAUGGCCCGCCAGGCCAGCCGAGAGUCCACCGACGGCAGCAUGAACAGUUACAGCUCUGAGGGCAAUCUGAUCUUCUCAGGGAUGAGGUUGGGAGCUGACAGCCAGUUCAGUGACUUCCUAGAUGGUCUUGGUCCUGCUCAGUUGGUGGGACGGCAAACACUGGCCGCACCUGCUAUGGGAGAUGUUCAGAUUGGACUAAUAAAUAAGAAAGGACAGCUGGAGGUAGAGGUUAUCAGGGCUCGUGGUCUUACACCUAAACCAGGUUCCAAAUCGCUGCCGGCUCCCUAUGUCAAGGUCUAUUUGCUGGAAAACGGAGUGUGCAAAGCCAAAAAGAAAACCAAGAUUGCACGAAAAACGCUUGAUCCUCUGUAUCAACAAGUGCUGUUGUUUGAGGAGAGUCCACAGGGUAAAGUCCUCCAGGUAAUAGUCUGGGGAGAUUAUGGGCGCAUGGACCACAAAUGUUUCAUGGGAGUUGUACAGAUUCUUUUAGAAGAGCUGGAUCUUUCUAGCACAGUGAUCGGUUGGUACAAACUCUUUCCCCCCUCAUCAUUGGUCGAUCCGACGUUAGCUCCUCUCACUCGCCGCGCUUCCCAGUCAUCGCUGGACUUUUCAGGGCCGCCAGGCAUCAGGUCCUAGUACACGGACAAGGGCGCAACGCUGAACACGACCCAGUGGACCAAGGACUCGAGGCAACAAUCAGAACCAGAGCGGCAGAUAAAGAGACAGAUGGAUAGAAAUCAUGAUCAAAGCUUUGCUGAAGCUUGACAAUCACUUCUCUCUUUUACUUUUGAUCUUUGGGUUGUAGAGAUUUCCUUUGAUCCACUCUGCUCCUUACUGCAUGUUUUGUUGCUGAGAUGAUGGUGAUGAUUCAAGCCGAAUGAAAGAGAGCGACAGGAGAGGCAGCUGAAACGUAAUCCGCUUCUUUUGACAGAGAAUGGAGACAACCGUGGUGCUGAUAGCUUAGCUCGCUCUGGUCAGUCAGCACAUUUGUUUUCUAACCAUGAACCGAGUGUACAGCACGCAGAAAUUGAGAUUAGGUGAGAGAGAACCCCUGUUGGAAAAAACCUCAGCCAAAGGUGGUUUGCUGGUCUGCUUGAUAAAGCAAGACUCACUGCCUGGCCAAGCUGGGUCUAGCUGGUCUCUCACCACGGCCGAGCUGGUGCUCAAAUGGUUUAACUGGGCAGCUUAGUCUCUGCAAGAUGCCCAGAAUCGCUCUAAACCCGCCAACGGACCAGACUGACUGACUUAGGGACAAGGCCAGCAAACCAGCUGGUUAAAGAUGUUUUUUAUAGCAGGGACAGCACUGCCCCUCCUCUAUAUUGCACUUACAGGAAGUCCCUCUACUGAGAGAGACCAAAAGUCAAGGUUUAAUGGUUAAGAAAUUAGUCUUCUCAGAGAGUUAUCUCUCGACAUCAUGGAUGCUGCGUCCAAGAUCCCACCUUGAACUCAGAUUGCGUGAGUGUGUGUGAAAGUGUGUGCGUGUUUGUGUCUACGAAGGCAGGGACGCCUGAAAACCUUUUAAGUCUGUUUACAGCAGUCGCCACUGACUGCUUUGCCUUUUCACUUUACAGUUGGUAAAUAGGCACACUUUGUAGAAUGUGAAAACAUGAUUCAUGUUUUCUGACAUUUGUGCUAUACGAGCUUCACGGAAACCACGAAACCACUUGUAUUUGAGCACUGGAACUGUAAGAAGCGGCCACUAUAAUUUCGUUUCUUUUCGAUCCGAAAACUCUUGCAUUAGCUCACUAAUAGUUUUGAUUUCCUGGAGUUCACAAAGCAUAUAUUACUGGCAUUCGAAUGCAUUUUUAUCCUAUUCAGUUUGGUAAAGAACCUGUACAUACCGAUAUUAGAAUUUCUACCCGACUAGAGUUAACGUUAUUUUAAUGCAAGCACAACUGCUUGAUUUUUGAACAACAACAACAAAAAAGGUUGAAGCUUCUGGGUAAAAAAACAACAACAACAAUAAACAAACAGAAGAGGCCAAAUUAUCUUAAGCUUCCUAUUUUUAGCUGUUUGUCAUUGUUUUGAGUUUAGUUUAUAAUGAAACGAAUCUCACAGAUCCCCCUGAGCAUUUGAAUGAAUGUGACAGUGGGUGUGAGGUGGUCUUAAAAGAUCACCGCUCGUCACCGAUAAGGGGAACAGCAUGAAUCUGGAACUGUUCCAAGUUGCAUGCACAUUUUGUAAAACAAGACAGAUGAGAAAAAAGAGACUACAAUAAGUGUGUGUUAGUUCCACAAACUGUAGGCCAGCUUGUAUGUUGCAUGUACUUGUACAGUUUGCUUGUACUUGAUAUUAAUAGAUUAUCAAAUAAAACGAAGCCAUUCAUUCCAUGUGUGGGCAUUUGGCCAGGUUCAGCCAUACACACAGGCCUUAUUUCGGGGCUGAAUGUCUAUAAGAAGUUUUUGAAUUGUUUUAUUCUUAUUCUUUACCCAAAUGGAUAAAUAAGUGCUGUACUGUAGUACUGAACAAACACAAGGCCCUAUUUUAUUGAAGAUGUUGGUGUUCACUGUAGUCUGUACUACUGUGGGGCUGAAACUAAGGUAGAUAACGUGUAUAAAAUUAGAGCUAUCUGUAUAUGGAAUAUAAUUAUACAAAAUCACAAUGACUUAGAGAUAUAUUGAUAUUGAGAAAAAAAAAGAGUGUAUCAAGUUAACAUCACUUACGUUACGUACAUGCAUAUAUUGUAAAUAUGAGUCUGCAGAUAAGUUUACUUAUAUUUACAAAGCGGCCCUAUUCGAGUUAAUGGAUCAGUGAUCUGUCUCUUGGUUCUGCUGAGCGGAAAAAGGGAUGCCUCCAAAGUUUUAUUUUUAUUCAGUCGAUUAUGCCCAAACUCACGGACAACAACAACUUUGGACCUCUACUGACCUGUUGCUUUAUCAUAAAUGCUCAUGUAUCCUUGUUUCAAUGAGAAGUUUACUUUAUAUGCCUCUUAUGGCAGACUUAUUUACUUUGUCAGUAUUAUUCAAGAUACUGAUUGUUUACAGUUCAUGUGUUCCACUAAUACUAAAUUGAAAGUAUUCACUGCAACAUUUCUUUGUACAGCAGACGUGGCUCAAAUAAUGUGUAUGUUUUAUAUUCAAGAGUUCAUUUUUAUUAUUUACAAAUAAAAGACUGUGUGGAAGAAAAAUU